GGAAGAAGAAUAAAAAAAAAUCUCAAGUGAAUGAAUUCACUUAUGUGUCAGCAAACUUUUCUGGAGGGUGUACAUAUUGUUUCCUCAAUUAUAAACUUCAGAGAGAAAGCUUCCCAUCCACCAUGCCCCAGCACCUGGUUCAUACCUGUUCUAAAGCACUUAUCAGGUUGUAUUGCAAUGAUUUGUUUACACAGCUAGUUUUCCUUACACUGACUUCUUCAAGGCCAGGAACUGUGUCUUUCUCAUUUUUAUGUCCUCAAGGCUUAGCCAGUUCCUGGCAAAUGGCUGGGACUCAAAACAGUUUGCUAAGUGAAUGAAUGAAUCAAUCCACCACUCUUCAGUGCUGCACAACACAGCAGAUACCCAGCUUAGAUAUGGGUUGAAAGACCGCAGGCUUCUACCUAGAGGGCUCAGUUCUCCUUAGAAUUCCUGGGAGACCCUGGACAUGCUAGGGUGUAUUGUGGAGUGGUUGCAUCUAGAGGAGGGGGAGGAAGGCCCAAACGCUAAGUAAUCCAGGCUUGGGUUGGAAAACAAGGUUGAAGUUACUCAUUAGCAGGUAGAAAGGGUCAAGGGUCGAGGCAAGGGGGCUGGAAGCAGAGUGGACUGAGCAGCCAGCGAGGGAGAGAGCAGUUAAGGCACCACUCCACGCAGAGCACCAGCUCCCUCCUGCCUGAAGAUGUUCCACCAAAUUUGGGCAGCUCUACUCUACCUCUAUGCCAUUCUCCUUAACUCCUUCUACCAGUGCCCUGAGUACAGUCAACUGACAACUCAGGGAGUGGAUGGGAAAGAGUUCCCAGAGCCCCACCUGGGCCGGUGGUACUUUAUCGCAGGGGCAGCUCCCACCAAGGAGGACUUGGCGACUUUUGACCCUGUGGACAACAUUGUCUUCAACAUGGCUGCAGACUCUGUCCCCCUGCAGCUCCGGCUGCGUGCUACCAUCCGCACGAAAAAUGGGUUGUGUGUGCCCCGGAAAUGGAUUUACCACCUGACUGAGGGGAGCACAGAUCUCAGAACCGAAGGCCGGCCGGACAUGAAGACCAAGCUCUUCUCCAGCUCGUGCGCAGGUGGAAUCAUGCUGAAAGAGACGGGCCAGGGUUACCAGCGCUUCCUCCUCUACAAUCGCUCGCCACACCCUCCUGAGAAGUGUGUGGAGGAAUUCCAGUCCCUGACCUCCUGCCUGGACUCCAAGGCCUUCUUACUGACUCCCAGGAAUCAAGAGGCCUGCGAGCUCUCCAAUAACUGACCUAUGGCUUCAUCUGAUGGAUUUGGUGGGAGUUGAGACUGUGGUGGAAGAAGGAGAAGCUGGAGACUUCCAACUCCCUUUCAAGUAUAAUAAAAAUGAUUUUUCAACCCUUA